AUGUACACCUCCACCAUUCUCUCUUCCAUCCUCUUCUCCGCCGCCGCUCUGGCCGCGCCGACCACCAACCCGAACCACCCCUCGUCCUCCGCCACCAUCUCCACUCAAACCGACACCAGCUCCAUCGACAAUGUCCUUCCCCCCAUCGUCCCCGUCAACACCCGUGCCGGCAACGCAGACCUCAUCACAAAGCUGAUGACCGCACCCACUCAGCAAGAGCGCGUCCGCCUCCUCAACCAACCCGGCGACUUCGUCUUCGACUUCAACGACUCCGGCGCCCCCGAGGGCUCCGAGUCCCGCGGCAAGGGUGGCUUCUCCACCUCCGCCACGGCAAAGACCUUCCCGGCCCUCAUCGGCAACGGCGCCGCCAUGACCCUCGGCUUCCUCGGCCCCUGCGGCAUGAACACGGCCCACGUCCACAACCGCGCCACCGAGCUCAACGUGAUCGUCAAGGGCCGCCUUGUCACCAACUUCGUCGUCGAGAACGGCCUCGACCCCAUCGCCAACACCAUGGAGACGUAUCAAAUGUCCGUCUUCCCCCAGGGCGCGAUCCACCAGGAGUUCAACCCCGACUGCGAGGAUGCCGUCUUCGUUGCCGGCUUCAACAACGUCGACCCCGGUGUCGAGCAGGUUGCUCAAGCUUUCUUCAACCUCCGCCCGGAUGUCGUCUCUGCCACCCUCGGCGGCGUGCAGACAAUUGACGGUGCCGAUCUUGAGAGCUUCCGUAAGCACAUCCCUGCCAACAUUGCUCUCGGCAUCGACGCCUGCUUGAACAAGUGCGGCAUCAAGCGCAACGCGAAGCGCGACCUCAACGAGAUCUUUGGCGCGCCCCAGAACUAG